AUUGUAUUAGAAUUUAAAAUUUUAAGCUUUGUAAAUUGUAUCAAAUAGACGGCAGUAUCUCGAGUUGUAAUUUGUACAUAAUUAUCAUCUAGAGGAGUAAACAAACACCUCUACAUUUUAAUGGUGGAAAUAAGCUUAUAUAAUAAAAUGUUAACUUUUGUGCUACUACUUGUUUGUGCUACUACUAGUAGUGGCUUGUUUUAUCAUGUAAAGUCCCAUUAGGCCUAAUUAUUAGUAAUUGUAACAGUGAUAGUAGUACUAGUAGAGUUCGUGAAAAGAUUUGGCUAUAACUAAAAUCUGAUGAAGUUCCUCAUGGAUAAACAGAACCAAGUAUAACCUAUAUAUGUUUGAUAAAUCAUAAUUUUAUUCAGGAUAUUUUUUAAAAAGGAAGUUAGUUUACUUAUCCAUAAAAUGUUGAAACUGAAAGCUACAAUGACUGUGUAGAAUGAUUAGACAUCCCAGUUUGGCCAAGACAUUUCUGGUUUUUUGGAAUGUUGUCUCAUGACUUGAUAUUGUUUUGGAUUGCCUAAAUGUCCCAGUUUUCAUUAUUUUCAGUUAAUUUGUAACUUUUUAAAACUUGUAUUCAGUCUGUAGAUCUUCUGAUAGCCAUCAUUUAAAAAUACAUUUUCUUUUUUUGUUAAAACUGAGUAGAGAAUUUAUCACAGCUCAGUAAGACUCAACAUAGCUUUUUCUGUUACCUUGAAGUUGGUUAUAAGGCAGGCUGCAGCAGGCAACGUGUCACUGAGCAUGUGAUUUUGCACAUACCAAAAAGAAGAAAGGCAGUUAAAUAUAAAAAAAGCACAUGCUGUUUAUAGAAAUGCUCUCUUUUCAAGUAUUUUUUAAUUUAAACUAAGCCAAGAGUAAGCAUGAGUGACAGUUGCUCAGUUUGAUGACAAAUCCUUGGGUAAUAAGAAAUUGCUUGAAAACAUUCAUUCUUUUGAUAUAAUUAAAGUUAGAUUUUCAAUUUACAAUAUUUAUUACUGGCAUAAUUGAAAAACAAGAAAAAGGAGAUAGGUCCCAGUUUUAAGAUCUGAAAAUCUGAGUGUGCUCUGUGUAUAAUUCAAAAUUCUGGUCAUGACACAGUAGGUCUACUAGUUAUAGAUCAGGAAAAUUUAUCAAAACAGAGUUACAUAAAUUGAAGAGAUAAAAUCAGUUUUCAACAGUGAUGGUCCAUGGCCUCCACCAAAAUCCCUGAACAGAAGGUUAUCCUUUGUGGUGAGUUUGGAGUAGGUAAAAGCUCUCUCUUCAGAAGAUUUGCAACUAAUACAUUUGUCUCCAGUGCAGAUCGAAGUUCUACCUUAGGGCUUGACCAUUUCUAUAAAGUUUAUAGGGUUUGUGGAAGAGAAGUUAAGCUCCAGUUGUGGGACACUGGGGGGAUGGAACGGGUGGCUUCUGUCACCAGUAGCUACUACAAGUUUGCAGAAGCUGCUAUCCUGGUUUUUAGUUUCGACAACCCUGACUCUUUUAAUAUCUUGUCCCAACACUUGCUGGACAUUGUAACUUAUGCAGAAAGUGCCAAAAUUUUUUUAUGUGGAAAUAAAAUUGACUUGAAGCAUCAGAUGUACGUUACAGAUGUUGACAUUGAUGCAUUUUGUGAGCAGUGUCAUAACUUAAUCAGUGGUGUCUUCAAGACAUCAUGCAAGACUGGAGAAGGUGUUGAAGAAAUGUUUGCCGAUAUUGCUCGUCAACUAGUUUCAACUUCCAAGACAGCAGACAUCGAAGAGGUGGCAAAAGAUUCCUUUAGGUUGACUUCUCAAGACGAAACUCAGGAGUCAUGCAUGUGUUAGUCCAGUUGUUUUCUCUACAGUCGAGUCCAGCAAACGAGAACAAUUUUUAUAAAUAUGUUUCUAAUUUUAUAGAAAAUAGGUGAACAGUUUUGGAAAAAAAAACUUAUGAAAGUUUUAAGACUUAUGAUUAUGUAGAGUAAAACUAUUUUAAUGGUAUGUAUAAAAUUUUGUAUUUAUUUAUUCUUUUGAGGACUUAUAAAGUUCUCAAGAAAGUGAAUAAAUUUAAGUACUAUAGUUUGUUUUAUAAAGGAUCGUACAGUAGAUUUCAGAAUUGUAAUCUCAAAUAUGUUAACUUUAACAGGCGUAAGGUAUAAGAUGAGUUGACUGUUCACAAGUAAUUUACGUGUUCACCAUUUCUGGAAGAUUUUAUGUGUAGACGGUGAUGACACUAUGCACAUAGUUUCACUGUAUCUUUAUGGAAGACUGCUAAAAAAAAUGUCAAUAGGUUUUCAUUGUGUUUGUCAAUUAAUUUUGUGCAAAAUUAUUUACUAGAUCUUUUCAAAUGAUAAUUCCUGCAGAGAGUUAGAAUUAUAAAUGAUAAAUAGCAUAUGAUAGAAAGCCAUUUGACCCUUUGAGGUAAUCCCUCACCCACCAAACCCAAACAGGAAAUUGCAGGUAUACAGGGAUUGCAAAAGUUAAAAAGUGUAUGGAUAUCUAUAUAUGUAGGAAGUAUCAAUUUUAUAUAAUUCUGAACAUAGAAAUUGUUGCAUAAUAUUAUUAUAGAUAAGACUGAACAUGCAGGAAAUAGUAGUCCCACAGAAUGCUUAACAUAGAAAACUAACACUGUUAGAAAAAAGAGCUGUGCAAAAAGAAUGUUAUAAAAUAAUAGUUCUUAAUGUAUUUCUAGCAUAAGUAUCACACAAGCAUAAUAUAAUGCAAAUUGAAUAGUGCUUCUUACAAACAUUUUAUGAUAUAUUUGGUGCAUAAAAAUCCAAAGAAUAGAAAAUUUGAUCUGUAUUUUAAUAGUAAAAUUCAACUUGGAAAUUCCUGGUUUGAGUUAUUUUGCCUUUGAAUUGAUUGAUAGAUAAUUAACACUUUGACAUAUUAUUCAUUUAAAUCUUACUAUUUUAAUUUCUUUAUCCCAUGCUCCUAAUAAAAAGUUAGUGUUAUUUUGAAAAUAUCAGUCUUGUGUUGCUAUUUAAAGGUUGGAUACAGUGAUUGUAGUUAAACUUUAGUGAAGUUAUAUUCAUGACAUAGUACAUAUGAUUAAUGUAUAAAAUUUUUAUUUGGAGAGGGCUAUGGUCUAACAUAAAAUGUAUUUUUAUAUUUAGAAAAAAAUUGAACAUUUAACAAAUCUGUAGAAUAUUUAAUUUUUUUAAACAAACUCAAGCAUACACUUAAAGUAGGAUUAUGUAAAUUUGUCUUUUUUUUGGGAGGAGGGGAAGGUGGGAUCUCAUUGAUUAUCAAGCACAUUUUGGACAAUUCACCAAAACCAAGUUACUAAUGAUGCUUAUACAAAUUAUAGGUUCUAUGAAUUAAUGGAUUAAAAUUUUUGUUGUAAUGGUAAUCAGAAUUAAAAUAUACUUCUGGUGGUUUCUUUUUUUAAAGUAGGAGUGAUAGAAAUAUUUUGAAGGAAGAGCAAGCUUGAUAAUUAAACGUGUAAUGACACUGCAUUUACAGGACUGUUUAUAGAAUGUUUAAAUGGAAAUUUUACAUACAGUGAUUUUGUAUAAGCAAAGAAAAUUUUAAUGGUCAUAUGGGCAACUGACUGUAGCAUUUAAGUAAUGAAUCUGUUUAGGUUUUUUUUAAAUGUAUAGUUUCUCGCAGAAGAUAACACUUCAGUACCUGAACUACAAACUAGUCCCCUCUGUGUUGAGUUUCUCUUAAAUUCCCAAAGUUGACAAAAAUGCCAGCUGAACCUUUUUUAAUAGUAGACAUAGAAUAAAUUGUAUUUUUGACAUUUCAGAUUUUCAUUAAAGUAAAAUUAUUGUAAAUAACUUUUUGAAAAAGUGAGAUGUUAUUGUUUCUGUUAGUAUAGGAAAUAUUCCUAUAGUUAUAUUUUCUAAUAAUGUUUUAAAUUAUAUGAAACUGAUAAGUCAGUUUUUCACAUUUAAGAUUUGUAAAACUAUCUAACGAAACACAACUUAACCCUUUACCUUUCAAAUAUUUAAUGUUUUUAUCUCACUGUAAGUUUAGAAGGCUUUAUGUAUGUAAUUAGAAGCAAUUAUGCCUACCACUUGUAUAAAUGCCAUAAGUUAUUAUAAGCUGGGUUCAUGUUACAAAUAUGUUUACUUAUAGAUUUGAAAUUAGUUUCUCAGUUUUGAGGAAAUUUAAUAUUUACUAGUUAAACUAGUAACAUAGUAGUUGUGAGUUGGAUAACAAAAAAUAUAGCAAACUUGAUAUGUGCUCAGGUGUAUAAGAGUAUGUUGUUUGGUAAUCAAGGUGUGAUUUUUAAAAAAAAAAGUUUAAUGUACUUUUGUUAUAAAUAUAUGGGGAAAAAACCCAUACAAUGAACAAAGUUUAAAUGAAUUAAUUCAUUGUUUUAUGGAAUAUCUUUGGUGGGAAGGGCAUUGGAUGACCAUGUGAAUGGCAAAGUUUAAGAUCAAACUGGUGUGUAUUGUACACUAUGAUAAUAAACAUGAAAUUUACCCAGAAA